AUGCUCCAGGGCGCUGUCGACGCUGGUGGGCCCCUCUGGGGCUGGGAUGAUGAUGGAGAUGAUGACUGGGAUGGGGCUGUACUCACCUUGCUGGCACUAGCUGUGGUAGCCACCCUGGCACUGGCUUUGCAGUGGUUUGGCUCCGGGCAGGACCAGGAGGCACAAGGAUCAGCAUCCACAGCUCCAGGUGUACAACCUGCUCAGGCAGGAGAAGUCAGGUUGGCCCUGCACCCCAAGUCCAAGGACGGUGAUGCCAGUGAGGGGCAGAGCGGAGGACAGGAGAAAUCUGAGGCUUUUGGAGAUGGCCGGAGAAGACCAGGUACAGCGAGGGCCCAGGACCUGGAGCCAUCAAGAGGCAGAAGUAUGGCUUCAGAUGCCUGGCUUUCACUCAAGACACCUGGAGAGGUGGCCAGCAGAGGGACCACCACAGCCGCCCUGGGAAAGAAAAGAAGGGAGCUACCCGGGCCAGAAACUUCCUUUCAGGGUCACCAGAAAGCAAGGGACAUUCCUGUCCCCAUCAUGAUCCGCUUUGCCCCUCGAAGUCCUGAUAGCAAAACAGAGAUGCAGGUAGAGGUAACGGGUACCUGUGGUAAAGGGACGGCUCAGCAGGGCCCCGUGCAUACAGAGCAACAGGACACCAACCCCUGGCACCUGCCUAUGGGGCCUCCUGGCCCGCCUGGGAGAAACCUAGGCAGCUUGCGGCGGCGGCGGCGGCGGCCCAGUGCCAGCUCAGGAGACAGACCCUGCCGUCCUCUAAAGCUGGACCCCCUUCGCCUGGGCUCUGUGGUGAGUGUGUGGGAUGCUGUGGAUAAGGCAGCUGCGGCCAGCCAGGACAUCUUCGCCAGCAGUUCCCUUGGAGGUCCCUCACGGCUCCACUCAGACAGGGGGCUCAAGGGUCCUGAGGAAAUAGGCCUAGCUGAUGUUAUGGAUGGUCGACCUCGGGGGGACUCCCAGGACGUGUGUGGGAGGAGCAGCCUUCAGCUCUCUCCCACCAGCACGGCAGGCUCCGGGGCUAAGGAUGGUGAGAGCAGGGAGCCCGGGUCCCCUACCCUUAGGGAGACUCAGGGCAUCCUGGCUGGGGAGAAAGCCUGGCCCCUGGAGAGUGGGGCAGCUGCUCUCACCAGCAACUUCAGCCCCUCCCAAGGUGCCUUGCCAGAAGAGCUGCACCCUGAGGCUUCUGAAGUGGACCAAGUCGCUGACCAGAGCAAGAUGGAGAAACUAAAGGAGGACCACUUCAUUGGCAAAGGGAGAGGGUCCUGUCAAGGCGACCAGGUGGCUGGCAGUCCAGCUGCUGGCCAGAGGCUUGUGCUUAUCACAGAUGUGACCAAGUCCACUGGUGGCUUCAACUGCACCCCCUCCCACAACCUUCCAGCCUCUCCUCUGACCCCAGAAACGGAGCUGGUUCCAUCCUCUGCCAUGGCGGCACAUUCCAGCCCUGGGUUUCUCCAUGUAGUCUCUCCCCUUGCUCCUUUAAACAAUUUGCCCCUGGAAGUUAGCCGGGGUCCUGGUGGUGAAAAUCGCAGAGCAGGGCCAGCCUCCCUUCCAACCCAAACUUUAGCCUCAGCAGGAGCCUCAACUUCAGCCCCAGAAGCAACCCAAGUACCAUCCUUAACAACACCCCCAACCCCAACCUCAGCCCCAUCCUUAACCCCAGCCCCAGUUACAGCCUUAACCCCAAUCUCAACACCAAACCCAUCUCUGACAUCACUCCCUACCCCAUCCCCAACUGCAGCUACAGCCUUAACCCCAAUCUCAACACCAACCCCAUCCCCAACAUCACCCUCAGCUCCAGCCUCUGCCCAAGCUCCUGCAGUAGACAGUGGGCUGAGGCCUAUGUCUAGGGAGUCUAGUGAGGGCCUCUCCAAGAGCUCCCUAGAAGGACGAAUCUCAGCUAGCUGGGGAAACCUUAUUACCAUGGUUCUUAGAAGUCACCCCUUCCCUAGACACGAAAAGACGGACAGUAGUGUCCCAAGGGCAGAUCCUCGGAGUCCUGCUGGGCCCAGCACAUCCCCGUACUUGGAAGAUGGACAGCCAGGUCCCCCCUCUGAAGGGGCCAUCUCCAGCCUCCAGGACAAACAUAGACCACCGUCGGUCUUAGUCACACCAGUAGGUUCAGGGGGCCUAGGUGAGGGUAGAUGUGAAACACAGCCAGUGAGCGUGGAGACUAAUGUGUCUUCCACGCCAGACUCUAGAGGAGACGAAACCAAGGAGAAAAGUCUAGACUCUCUGUCCCCAGCUGCAAAUCCUGUGGCUGUCUCACAGUUUCCUGUGCUGGCACAGCCUGGUCCUGGACCAUCUACUACGAAGCAGGAUGCUCAGCCCAUCCCUCAGCCUCGGCAACGGAGGAAACGUAGCAUAGCUCAGAGCUCUGAACAGAUACUCACCCACGAAGUACCCCAGCAGCCCCAGGGGCAGGUGCUAAAGGAGGGAGCCAGACCUGCAGGCGGCAAGGAAGUCCUCACAGAGAAGCAGAAAGAGACACAAAAGCUUAUGAUUUUUCUGCAGAAGCCUGGUAGUUGGGGAGUGGUGGAUGGGCAUCAGAAGUCCUGCUCACAGGCCUCGCAGCCUACCACAACGAUGGCGCUGUGGCCCCCAAAACUAGACCUAGGCAGUUGCUUGGAGGUUUUGGCUUUUGCCCAGCAGCAUGGAGAGUUGGGUUUAGCCCAGGAGACCUACAUCUUGAUGAGCAACAACUUGCUGCAUGUUCUGGGAGACCCACACCUCUACCGACAGCUGAGUGGAGCUGACAGGGAACGCAUUCUGAACCUGCGGACCUGCCAGGGCCAGACAGUGCUGGGGGUCCUUGUGCUGCCCAGCCUUUAUCAGCUCAGCCGCUCAGGGCUCACAAGAGGCCCUCAUAGUGAGGAGGCUCCUGCAACUGGGCCUGAGCAUUUGCAUCUUCACACAUACCUCCAUGUGUUCAACCCACAAGAGAAUGUGUGGCGGCCCCUGACUCAAGUACCAGAGGAGGUCCCACUCCGGGGAUGUGGUCUCUGCACUAUGCAUAACUAUCUGUUUCUGGCAGGUGGCAUCAGAGGUUCUGGUACUAAGGCUGUCUGCUCUAACAAGGUGUUCUGCUACAACCCUCUGACCAACAUUUGGAGCCAGGUUCGGCCCAUGCGGCAAGCCCGGGCCCAGCUCAAGUUGGUGGCUCUGGACGGGAUGCUUUAUGCCAUUGGUGGUGAGUGCCUAUACAGCAUGGAGCGCUAUGAUCCACGCACAGAUACCUGGACCUUGAGAGCAUCCCUCCCUGAGGGCACCUUCCCUGUGGCCCAUGAGGCUGUGGUCUGCCGAGGGGAUAUCUACGUCACAGGGGGUCAUCUCUUUUACCGCCUGCUCAGAUAUAGCCCGGUCAAAGACUCAUGGGAUGAGUGCCCUUACAGUGCCAGCCACCGACGCUCCAGUGAUAUGGUGGCACUUGGGGGCUUCCUCUACCGCUUUGACUUAUUGCGGGGUGUGGGUGCUGCGGUGAUGCGCUACAACACAGUUACAGGCUCCUGGAGCCGGGCUGCCUCCCUGCCCCUGCCUGACCCCGCCCCACUCCACUGCACCGUACUGGGCAACACCAUUUACUGUCUCAACCACCAGGUCACGGCUACCUUCACAGUUUCGGGGGGGACUGCCCAGUUCCAGGCCAAGGAGCUGCAGCCCUUUCCCCUGGGAAGUAAGGGGGUCCUCUAUCCAUUCACUCUGACUUUGCCCCCCAAGACCUGGUUACAGACCACACUCUGA